AUGGAAGUGUAUGCCAAUGGAUUAAUGGAGGAAAACGGUGGGACAACUGUGGCGCCAGUGAUGACACCGUCAACUACCACUGCAGCAACGCUAGAUCUCUCGUCACAGCAGCAGAACAGUUAUAUUUUCGGAGUUGCAGAUGAUAAAUCAGAAAGUCCACCAUCACUAAAGGAUGAUAAAAAUGCGGGGAUCAGUUCCAGUACGAAUAUAAUGGGAAAUGACAUAAGUUCGACGCGAUCACCAAGUCCAUUACUUGAUGUCGGAAUGAUACCAAGUGUUGACAGUUCUGUUUGUCCAUACUGCGGCAAACAAUAUAGAAAGCCUCGAGUAUUGGAUUGUCUUCAUUCAAUGUGUGAAGAUUGCAUAAUAGCCCAACUGGAUGGACGACGAGAAGGUGAAUCAGAGCGUGCAAGAAUCGCAUUAACGAUGGAUUUCGAACUAGAAAGCACAUGUGAGAUGAGGCCAACACCGCCAGGAGUCAUUAGGUGUCCAACGUGCCAUCAGGAAAGUCACGUAGGAAAUGAUGUCCGAUUUGUGAAUCACCUCUUGCUUGAUUUUGUUCGCUUGCAUGAAGUUGAUGGUGUAAGCGCUGUAAAAGGUACACGGACAUGUCGUGCAUGUAAGAGUGAACAGCUUGCAAUGGCCGUGUGCAAGCAAUGUGCAAGUGAUUUGUGCAAAAAUUGUUAUCAAGCACAUCGUGAUAUGAAAUUAUUCGAUGGACACACGGUAUUAACGUACACUGAAUUGGCACAGAAUCCGUCGGAAUUGCCUCGUGAUCCAGUGAUGUGUGUGUUGCAUCCCCAAAUGCCAUAUUCACUUCUUUGUGCUACUUGUGAAUCACCAAUUUGUGGACAGUGCCAUGCAGAUCAUGCUGACAUCAGACACCAUAAUUUGGUAAAUAUCGAUGAAACAGUAGCUAAUUUGGUCAGACUCGAACUAAAGGAUAUUGCGAAUGGGGCGGAAGCCAAGUCAAAAACUGUGGAAGCUGCUUGUAAUUCUGUGCCAACCCGCCAGCGCGUUCUUACUGAACAGUAUGAAGCAAUUAAAACAGAAAUAGAAGAUACCUUUAGUGAGUAUCAUAAAGCAUUGGAUGCAAUGAAGGAGCAUUUGUUAUGUAAACUGGAUAAAUCACGCGAUGAUCAGGAAACAGAUCUGAAUAAUCUGAAUCGACGAGUUAAUGUUACCACCGUGAAAAUUGCCGAUGCUGUUGCUUUUACUCACCGAAUUGUGGAAAAGGGCUCUGCAGUAGAAGUUCUUGUGAGUCGAAAGAAAAUCCGUCAACAACUGACAGCUCUUACACGUAGUAUGCCUGAUAUGAGUAGUACGACAGAACUUACGUUCAGCAAGACUCCAUACGUCCAAUUUUACAACAAAUUGAGCAGUAUUGUUGGUGAUAUCAACACACGGUUAGUGUCAGAUGUUGGAAAGGCAGAUGUAAUGAUAUCGUCGCUGCUAUCAGACUCAAAUUCCGUGAAACAUCUUAAUGCAAUCCGUGCUUAUCCGUCGGAUAACUCACCAACGCAAACAUCAGCAUCUGGAAGUCUGUGUACAACACCUGCACCUGUUGGACAAUUUCGUGGUCCAGGAGCAAUUGGUAUGGAGCGUCGUAAUAAGCCGAUCACCACUUCAACAAGCAGCUCAGUUGUAGAUUUUACUGAUGGCUGGCCACCAUCUAGUAUACCACCAGAGCCAAGCAGUCCUUCUCCAACUGUUGAUUUUCAGGGCAAGAAAAGUUUGUUGGACAACAGUGGCAGCUCGUCUUUUUAUAAUUGGCCACCAAGUUCAAAUCCACAGUCAGAAACACGUGUCGCAGGCCCAUCCGCAUUACCACUUCCACAUGCUCCGGUUGCCAGUCUGACUGCUGGAAAACAGUUGCCCAUAACAGCGAAUAAUUUUCUGAUGCCACGAGGAGUGAAUUCAUGGGUGGUAAUUUGUUAUGCUUUGUAUUGUUCAACUUGA